AUGACUUCUCAUGCCGAUAAUGAGCAAGACAGGCAAGACUCAAGGGUGGAAUUGCUCUCAGAAAAACAAAAAGCACCAGGUCGAUUUUCCUGGAGCUCCAUCACUCUCGAUACAUGGAUUCUUGAAGGGGCAUCGCUGGGAUUCAGUAUAGCUUGCCUUAUGUCCAUAUACGGUAUCCUCUUCGCAUAUAACGGUAAACCGAGGCCAGAAUUUCCCUACAAUGUCUCCUUGAACGCCAUCGUUUCUGUGCUGGCAACCGCUUGCAAGUCUUCAUUAAUAUUCGUGGUGGGAGCGGGGCUCAGCCAGUUGAAAUGGGUGUGGUUUCAAAACCGUCGAAAGUUGUCUUCCAUUCAAGCCUUCGAGGAUGCCAGCCGUGGGCCAAUGGGCUCGAUAUCCUUUUUAUUCCGACACCAGGGCCAGUCGAUAGCCUCGCUCGGUGCCACGAUCCUGAUAUUGAUGUUGGCAUUUGAACCCUUCGUGCAACAGAUCCUGAGCUAUCCCACUGAACGGAUCCGAACAGCGACCGAGACGCCUGCAGCGGCUGCGCCACAAGUACAAUACUAUAAUAUAUGGUUGGCAGGAAAUACCCUGACCAGCGCAUACUAUAAGGGAAUAUGGACCAAAGACUUCAACAUCGAGCCUACCUGUCCAUCAGGUGACUGCACCUGGCCAAGUUAUAAAUCCCUUGGCUUUUGUAGUCAAUGCUCGGAUGUCACAUCUACUGCGACGCUGAACUGUGCUAUGCCGCCUUCCAGCCAUAAAGCGAUGCAGAAUGCUACAUUGAACGGGACAUGUGAAGUUGUGCUUCCUCAGGGCAGACCCUCUGGGACAAGGGUAGAGGCAACAAUCAGAAAUGGAACCCCCGAUUGGAUAGAAUGGAGCAUGGAAGCAGUGUGGGAGGUGGAAAACUUUCCUGUUCUGGACGGUUCAGCUUAUUCUGGAGUCGAAAAUCCUCUAGUUGUCAUGGCUCAGUCCACAUUGGGUUUUGACAAUACCCGCAUCACAAAUUUGUCAGACCCAACGGAAGGGAUUUUCAUCAAGAAAGUCACACAAUGUGCCUUCAACUUUUGUGUCAACGAAUACAAUGUCCAUGUCACCAACGGCACAGCCGUCCUUAAGAAAUCAUCGCCUGACUUCGGCAAGACGGAAAAUUUGACCGGUCCAGAAAUCAACGGGAAGUCCUCACUCCUUUGCUGGGCGCCUAGUCAAAUACCGAACGAUGCAGAACGCCACUAUGAUAUUGUAUAUCAAAAGGAUGUGGUGCCACUGCCGGUAGGCCCGGAAUUCACAUACUGCGAUCUUGAGAAAUAUGGGAAUUAUGUCUUCACUGGGUACCUAUUGGCUGGAUCGACUGUCAAUACUUGUAGUCGCUUGAAGUCCGGGUGGGAAUAUGGCCAACAGGUGGGGGCGCUGGAUAUGAUCGAUCAAAUUCUGGCCCUUGGGCUAGACGUAACAGGGUCGCGGGUUGCGGACUCGAUGACCAAGACCCUUUUGCAGAACUUGAAUAUCACUAUCCCAGGAUCGAUUUACGCCAACCAAGUGAUGGUCAGGGUUCAGUGGGCAUGGAUAGUUCUUCCAACAUUGCUGGUCAUAUUAGGGAACGUGUUUCUGGUUUGGACUACAUGUACCAGCAGAAAGAAGAUCAUUUGGAAGUCAUCUGUACUGGCUUUCCUCUUCCAUGGCUUGGGGGAUCAGAGAGAACGGGAUGAUUGUAUGACUAGUAGUGGGAUGGAGAAACUGGCGGGGGCUAUACAUGUCCAGUUACAUCCUUCUCAGGAUGAUGCACGUGUGAUGCUACGUGAAAAUUAG